AUGGCCAAGAGCUUGGUCAGAGAGAUUAGCAUCAAUGAACGGUUCAAAGGAAGGGAAAGGGGUAGCAAGGUGGAGAGGUUUAGGGAGGGAAUUCCAGAGCUAGAGACCAGGCAACUGAAGGAAUUCCCAAAUGAAGUGAAGGAGUAUCAGUUCUCAAACACGGAGCUCACCCAUCAGAUCAGGAGAAACCAGAUUGCUCAGACAUGUCAAGCAAACCGCGCCAGAAGUCGGAAACGGCGAGUGUUGACCUCUGAUGACCUGAAACACUUGGUCGUAGACGAGGACCAUGAGAUGAUCUACUGCUAUGUGCCUAAGGUGGCCUGCACAAACUGGAAAAGGGUCAUGAUGGUCCUCACGGGAAGGGGCAAAUAUACCGACCCCAUGGAAAUCCCUGCAAACGAAGCCCAUGUCUCGUCCAACCUGAAGACGCUCAACCAGUACAGCAUCCCAGAGAUUAACCACCGCUUGAAAAACUACCUGAAGUUCAUGUUUGUGCGAGAGCCCUUCGAGCGCCUGGUGUCGGCGUACAGGAACAAGUUCACCCGAAGGUAUAACACCUCCUUUCACAAACGGUACGGAACCAAGAUCGUCCGAAGGCAGAGGAAGAAUGCAACUCAGGAGGCCCUCGUCAAGGGCGACGACGUGAAGUUCGAGGAGUUUGUGGGCUACCUCAUUGACCCAUACACGCAGAAAGAGGAGCCCUUCAAUGAGCAUUGGGAGACCGUCUCCUCACUGUGCCAUCCUUGCCACAUCCACUACAACCUUAUCGGGAAAUACGAAACUCUACAGGAGGAUGCAAGCUAUAUCCUGCACCUGGCAGGGGUGGGAGACUAUAUCACAUUCCCCACCUAUGCCAAAUCCACCAGAACUACAGAUGAAAUGACAGCUCAGUUUUUCCAAAACAUCAGCGCUGCCUUCCAGACUAAACUGUUCAAUCUCUACAAAUUAGAUUUUGUAAUGUUUAACUAUUCCGUGCCAAGCUACCUGAAGUUGGCAUAA